AUGUCUUCUACGCCAUCUGAAGGAGCUCUAGACAGAGGAGCUGUAGUAGAAGUCCUUGUCCGUACGCUACUCAACAACAACAACCAAUCACCUGAAAAUGCGUCUUCCCCAACUGGAGCUCCCACGGUCGUCCUCAAGUCCGGGGCUGACUUGAUCAUGGCCCUCAUACAUGUAAUCAUGAUCAAAUUCGGGUGUCGCUUUGUUGGCUUGGGUGAAGAUGGCCCUGAAACGUCAUCAACAUCAACUGAUGCUACUGCUGCUACUGCUGACUCGACACAAGCUCUACCUGUGGGCUGGAAUUCAACGGGAGAUACAUAUUCAUUCAGAUAUAGGCAUACUCAGUCUACCUUUACCUUCCUGAUUAAAGGGGUCAAGGUAGCCAAUCGACUCGUCAUACAUGGAAUGGCUAUCGAGGAUGGUAAACUACUGACCCUGGAACUAAAUCUACUAGAAUUUAUAUCACCUUCCUUCCCCUUCCCAUACCGAUCAGGAUCAAAUCGACCACUAACCAGUGGAUUUAUAUCUGAAACCAUCUUGGACGACCUCAUUGCCCGCUUCAGAACCACUAUAGCUGCUAGACUUUUACCUGGUCAAGGAGCUAAACUCGGCUACGAAGAACCAAAAACACAUACACAAACACGAGAACAGCAACAACAAGGUGAACGAUCACGACACGAACCACCAUCACGAUACGAUCCAUUGCGAAUAGAUCCACCAUAUGGACAACCACGAUUUGGUAUGCCUGGUAGUGGUGGAAUGAUGCCUGGAAUGGGUGGAUUUGGGGUUGGUGAUCGUGACUUGGAUCCAUUUGGUGCUGCACCUGGUUUGAUUCCUCCUCAUGGAUAUGGUGGUUUGGGUGGAUUUGGAGGUGGUAGUGGUGGGAUGGUUGUAGGACCAGAUCAUCCAAUGUUUGCAGGUAGAGGUGGAUUCCGUGGUGGACCUCCUACUGGACCUACUCCUCUAGGACCCCUCGCAAUACCUCCUGGCGCACGAUAUGAUCCAAUUGGUCCUUUUGGUCCAGGCCCAAAUGCUCCAGUGAGACCAGGACGUGGAAAUGGUCGUGGUGCUCCUUUCUCUGGUGAACCAGAUCCGGAUGAAAUGAUGCCACCUGGUUACGAUCAAAUGUACAUGUAG